GGCGCCGCAGCCAAUGAGCGGCCGCCGCCGCAUCCGGGGCCCCGCGCGCCCCCCCGCCCGCUCGCGCUCGGCCAUGGCGGAGGCUGAACUUGAUGAACAGCAUUUCCAUGUCCAUCAGCCCAAGGAGCAGCAGAUGUUCUGGGUUGUUAUCCAGGCCUCAGCCCAUAUUGCUGUCUGAACUUCUGACCGAGCAUUGAAUGCCAGAAAGCAGGCCUCGGUUGGCAGGCAGAGUCCAAGAGUGGUGCCGUACCCAGCCCACAGUCUAUGUCCUGGAGAGCCUGGCCUUCAGAGUGCAGCAGUUGUGUCAAUGGGAUCAGCUGAUCAUCGACUGAACCUAGCAGAGAUCCUUUCACAGAACUAUGGUGUACGGGAAGAAAGGGAAGAAGAAGAAGAUACUCAGGAGAAACAGAAAUCCUUAGAAGAGCUGGAAAAGAGUUUCAGUGCCUCUCAGCUGGUGUUAUACUCGGUGAUUGUUCCAUUCCUGAUGAAGCUUUGUCCUCCUCUCGCUCAGAGCAGUGAAAUGCCGUUCGAGGAGCUGCUUGCACUUUAUGGCUAUGAGGCAUCUGAUCCCAUCUCAGAGCAGGACAGCGAGAGCAAUGACAUUAGUCCAAAUCUCCCAGAUAUGACUCUAGAUAAGGAACAAAUAGCGAAGGAUUUGCUUUCAGGGGAAGAAGAGGAGGAGACCCAGUCUUCAGCUGAUGAUCUGACUCCAUCCGUCACGUCCCAUGAUGCGUCAGACUUAUUCCCAAACCAGCCUGGCUCAAACAACUUUCUUGCUGAUGAAGACAAAGAGCCCUGUUCAUCUCCAUGUGCUUCCUCCAUGGCUGAGGAUUCAGAGGAGGAUUCCAUCCCAUCCAAUGAGUGUAAGAAGGAGAUCAUGGUUGGACCUCAGUACCAAGCUACUGUUCCCAUCCUUCACUUAAACAGGCACAGUGAAAAAGUGUUUUUUCUGUUAGCCUAUGAGAAUGAAGAUCAGCUGCUUUGGGACCCAAACAUACUCCCUGAGAGAGAGGUUGAAGAGUUCCUGUACCGUGCAGUGAAGCGGAGAUGGGACGAGCUGUCUAGCAGCACCCUCCCAGAAGGAGAGAUGGUGAAGGACAAUGAACAGGCUCUGUAUGAAUUGGUUAAAUGCAACUUCAAUGCAGAAGAGGCACUACGGAGGUUACGGUUCAAUGUGAAGGUUAUCAGAGAUGAGCUUUGUGCCUGGAGUGAAGAAGAGUGUAGAAAUUUUGAACACGGCUUCAGGGUCCAUGGGAAAAACUUUCAUCUUAUCCAAGCAAACAAGGUCCGCACCCGGUCAGUGGGGGAAUGUGUGGAGUAUUACUACAUGUGGAAAAAGUCAGAGCGCUAUGACUACUUCACUCAGCAGACUCGUUUAGGAAGGAAGAAGUACGUCCUCCACCCUGGAGCCACGGAUUUCGCCGACAAUGACUUGGAUGGGGGUGAAGUAGAAAAUGCUAGUCGUUCUCGGAGCUCCCCACCAAUUCCCUCUGCCACUAGCUGCCUGGACUCUCACUUUGGUCAAGAUCAGCUAGCAAUUGAGAGCGCAGAGCCCCUGAGCGUGGAGAGCACAGCCUGCAGCCUGGGCAGCAUGAGCGAAUCGGGGCAGGGCUAUGAGUGCAGUACUCCUUCAGAGACAAAUUGUUCCUUCGACCCCACAGAGGAGACGUCCUCAGGCACCAUCUCAGCUGCUUGCACACGACAUACUGUCAACCCCUCAGAAACGGGGCUCUACGCUUUGCCACCGGCAGUACCAGGACUGGCAGAGAAGCAGGAGACGUUGCAGAGCUCUGGUGAGACGAUAACCAUGGACUUCACUCUCCCUGCAGAUAUUAAUGAGGGUUUGCCUUUAAUUGCUGGCCCUGUGGAUUUGGACAGAGACCCAGAGGCAGUGGUGGCCCCUGCGCAAGUGUCCUUAUCGGUCACGGAUUUUGGCCUCAUUGGCAUCGGAGAUGUAAAUAGUUUUCUGACUGCUCAUCAGGCCUGCCCAGCACCUGUGGCUCGGUCAGAGCCUUUGUCACAGUGAGAGUCUCCAGUCACAAACUUGUCACAGACCCAGCAAGGACUUUGACUUGACUGAGUGAAAUCCUGGAACUUCCUCUGUUCCAUGGGGAUGGUUUGGAGCUGUUGGUCAGAAUCUGUCUUUCCAUCCUCCUUGAUCCAAGGCUACAGUGAAACCAAACACCUUUCUGCUCUAGUGUUUUCUGGCACAAUCACACAAAGCUGGUGGCUGGCUUAAGUGAGGGGGGAGCCCAUGACCCCCCAGUUCAUUGGCCAUGUGUCACCCCAGGUUAUGCCAGGCUGUUCAGAGAGUCCCUGCCCUCAGGACAGUGGAAUUGUCCUUUGGUACCAGUGGGACAGCCUGGUACAGCGAAGAUGUUUUCAGAACAGGGAUAUAUCAUGGGUGCUUCAGGGGCUGGGGCAGAGGAUGCAGUAUGGCGGUCCGAGAGCUUAGGAAAUCCACAGGAAGCACAGUCCACCCAGGCUGGAGGGCUGUUUGCCUGCAGAGAUGGGCAUGGUGAUGCCAAAGGCAGAUGAGUCGUGGCUGUUCACCCACAGAUACUGUGUCGCAAUAGAAGUCACUCUCCCUGUUCCUCUUCUAACAGCUAUCCUGCACCUACCGAGCUGUGAAUCAUGACAGGGAUGCACACUGCUGUUUUCUAACCUUUUGGAGCUGUUUCUGUCUUUCUGCCCACACCAUCGUCAGCUCCAGAUGAGAUGUGGCCUAUUCCAGCCCCUUGGCUAAAGCUUCAGAUCUUGGAAAGAGGUGCUGUGUGGUGAGGUAGCAUUGUGUGCACCUAGUCCUUCCCACCCUUCCUUCCAGUGCUCUGCCAUGGGCUGGGCCAUGGAGAACUUGUGCUAGAAAUAAAGGGAGUGUCUAGACUGACAAAGUGAUGUUGGCCCUCAGAGUGCUGCAGUGCUGCCACUUGUGUUAUUGGCAGUGAAAGACUUGACCCUUACUGGUUCUGCUGCAUUACAAGAGGGUUAAAUGCAGACAAAAACCUGUGUAACUUCCCAGCUUGUUCCAAGCAGGUUGUCAGCUGUGAAAGAAGGAAAGAGGAGGACCAGAACAUGAGAAGGGGUGGCAAGAAGGGGAUGCCUCCUACUUUUUUGGAUGACUGAAGCUAGAAUUCUGAAAGGGAGAAAUGGAGAAGCAGAAGCUGCUUCUGAACAGAAGGUGUCUGUAAGGAGGUAGCUCUCACCUGCUGUCCUGUCCCCAGCACGUGCCCUGCACCUCCCUGGGGCAGUGCUAUCGAACCUGGGCAAGCUGAAAGCAUGUAUAUGCAUCCUCAAAAGGCAGGAGGGCUUUCAGCCCUGCUAUCUCGUUGGAGUGGGUGGGACUUACCCAUAGCAGGACUGUGCAGCCUCAUUACUCGUCUGUGGGAGCACACUGCACACAUCCCAGGCAGGAGGUUUCUCAGCUCCCAGGGCACGAAGUCUAGGAAACCUGCGCUAGCAGAGGCCCAGGAAGGAGCACACCAGUCCCUGGGCUUCCCUGCCCCUCUCCACCCCCUUCCGCUCUUCUGAAACGUCACAAAAUGAAGCUCUCUCUUCUGAGAGGAAAGUAGUGAUGCUUCAAGGAGGUGACAAAGGUGGCAAUGCAUGCCAGUGAGGUGGCCAGAUGCUGGCACACGGUGUUGGAGUCCAGAGCUUCUUAGCUUCCCAGGUGUAUUCCAGAUCUGGGGUUUGCCACUGGCUUAAAUUCACAUGUUCUCAUUCCCUUUUCCCCUGUGCAGGGAACACUGCCUACCAACUUGCUGGGCAGGGCUCUGAUGUAGAUGUUCCCCUCCUCCAGCUACUUUCGGGAUUUGGGAAAGGGGCUUGUGAUGAGGUUUUUGUUAUUUUGGUAGAUGCCUUCUGGUUGUUACCCUGCAAUUAGUUCUGCUGUCCGUGGUCUUGAAAGAUGACUAAAACCAUUAGCCUGGAUCUUCCCCCUUACCCAGCCAUGCGUAGCUGCAUUCACCCCUGUAGUGGGAGCAUGGAGACAGCAUCAGACAGCUUCCCAAGAUGACUUAGCAUCGGAUCUUGUCUCUCGUUCCAAACCCCAGAUCUGUUUCGCCUGCGUUGGCAGGGAAUUGUUUUGGUCCCUGGCUAGCUCUGCUUAGAGGUGCUGAGUCCAAACACACACAGUUGUCUUGACCAGGCAUCACUUUGUGAAGCAGAUGUGCUAAAUCCAAGGUCUCCACACUGGCUGCUCCCAAUUGCUGGAAAGAGAAAGCAAAUAUGCGUGCUCGCUCCAUAGUGGAACUUCCCCAGGCUUUAAUUCCCCUUUUCUGGGGGAGAAAGGAAGCUUCCCUGGCUGGAAGGAGAAGAGGAGGCAGGGGGAGAGCAUCUGGAGCCCUCCUGGGGAGGGCUAGGCCUUGGCAUCUCCUCUCCGUCAGUCAAGAACAUUCUUAGUUUUCCUGAAACCAUUUUUCUUUGGUUUGUUUCAAGCCCUAAUAACAGGAGAGGCAGAAAUGUCUCUUAUUUAUGUUCUUCAGUGUUGUUUACAGAUUCGCAUGGGGUCUUUCAACAUGAGUGUGGCGCUCUUUCCAUAUAACAUUUUGGGAAAGGGGUGGAAAGGGCUGGGACAGGGAGGGGGAGUCACUUUCGGUUUUGGGAUUUUUUUGUUUGGUUGGUUUUUGGUUUUUUUCUUUUGGUUUGGGGGUUUUCUUUUUCCUUCUUAAAAAGCACAUUCACUUUGAGCCGCUCUCAAUGCUGGACUCUUUUCCAACCCCUCCCCCCCAAGCCCUACACUGUGAAGUGAUACUGCCUUGAAGACCCCUCGCCGUUAUUUAUUUAAUUAAAAACCUAAUUUGAAAGUGAA